AUGGGAGCUCGAGUAAAAAAUGUCUACCGUGGUGACAAUCCAAAAAUUGGAGAAAAAAAUAACAAAGUGAUUGUAACUGCUGCAAACGACGAAGAAGACGACGAACACGAAGAACAUGAAGAAGAUGACGCCGCUCAUGUAGGUGGUGGUGGUGAUUCUGAUAAUCAAUCUCUCCAUCAAAUGGCCCCAAUUAGGGUUUUCGGUUACAUCGACCAGAAUCGGGAGUUCACUUUUAUAGCUUACUUACGAUAUCAUUCCGAUGCGAUUCGUCUACUCAAACCCACUGCCGCACCAUCAAAAGUAUUGAAAGAUUGGCCUUUAUCCGGUGAAUGUGAAAGGUUCAAGACAACUAUAGCCAAAUCGGGAUUAUCUACUGAUGCCGAGAACUCAAUGUUGGAACAUGAUCGGGUCGCGGUAUCGGCUUUUAUGGAGAGAUUGUAUCCCGAGAGUGACACCUUUCAUAUGCGGUUUGGAGAUAUGAUCAUUACUCCAGAUGAUGCGAAGCAGAUUCUUAAUCUCAAUGACCAUGGUGUAGCUGUCAAGUAUGAGUACACAAAGCAGGUAACCUGGGAAAAACUUUACGAUUUGUGUAAAUACUGUUUUGGUUGGGAUAAAGAGACAUCAGACAUUGAGUUCAACAUGUGCUUUUCUUACAAAACUAGACAGUUUAACAUGAGUAAGUUGAUCAAUAUGCUCAAAGGCACCGCCGAGAAAGAAAAGCAAGGACCGUUAAGUGAUGCUGAAGUGGAUGCCGUGGCCACCGCCUAUCUCUUGUGUGUAUUGGGAUGUGUCAUAUUCCCCAAUGCCAGUGGCAACCGAGUAGACGCCAACCUUCUACAACUAUUGCAUCCUCUCAAUAAGGUCGCGGACUACUCUUGGGGCAUGGCAUGCAUUGCAUUCUUGAUGACAGAGUUGAGUAAUGCGUCGAGGCUUAGAACUAGACAAAUUUCCUGGAAUAUGAGUCUAUUCCAGAAAUGGAUCUAUGACCACUACCCUAGUCUGAAAUUGGCAGAUGUGAACACAGAGUGGGAGAAAGGUACACCGAGAGGAACAAAGUACAAGUUCACAAAGAACCGUUCAAGGAAAAAGGAGCACCAGGUUAUGCGACAACAUGGUUAUUGCCAAACAGUACCAUGGCAUCACAUAAAUGGCAAGUUCAAGUUGGACGUGUAUAGAACCAGGACACCAUAUAUCAAGGUAGUUUACUCUAGUACACCAUCUGUUACUGAACAUUGGGAUAAGAGGCUGUACCACUUGGUGAACACUGAGAGAGAUGUCAACCGAGGUGAUGAAAAUGCUCCAGGCUACAUGGAGUGGUACCGGGAGCAUUCACAUCUUCGUGUAAUCUGUGAACUUAAAGCAAAGACGACCUCAGUGGCAGCCUUUUACAAAUGUAUCGUCAAAGAAAAACCCCCAGGUUAUGAUAGACUGAUAAAAAAGCACAGGGAGAUGAUUGAUAAUGUUGAUAAUGAAGAGUAUGCAGCUGAGUUUGGGGAGAAAGUGACGAAGAACCAUCCCAAGAAAAAAACAUCAAAGACGAUCAAAAGAUCUCAGGCUUCUUCAAGCUCUCUUGCUGAAUGA